CAUUUCCCACACAGUGAUUACUUCAUUAAUGGUCCCGCCUUUAUCUCCACCUCUUCCUCCCUUCCCAUCCCCCCUAAUAAUCGGGCCUUUUUAUCCCGACCAACAAACACACCAUAGGAGCUUUGUGGAUUCAAAGGAUUUGCUUUCGCUUCUGAAAGAGCCGCUCGGCUUUGAUGAUUGGGCAGCGGCGGACUUCAAAGGCGCCCCAUCUUCCCUCUGACUGGCUGGCGGCCCGGCAAAGUCCUUAUCAAAGUCUUGGAGGGGAUCCCGGCGAAGGCAGACGGGGCGGGCGGAGAGAUCGCGAGAAGGAGCCCAAAGGAGGGAAGGAAGGAAGGGAGGAAGGAAGGAAGGAAGGAGGCCGGGCCGCUUCUCCGCACCUCUGGGGCGACUCCAUGCCUUGCCUCCCUGGCCCCUCUGCUCGCCCGGCGCGGUAGCCAUGGCCGCCGUGGCCGUCCUCCGAAACGACUCGCUCCAGGCCUUCCUGCAGGACCGGACGCCGAGCGCCUCCCCGGACUUGGCUAAGCGCUCCCCGCUGGCCCUCUUGGCCGCCACCUGCAGCCGCAUCGGGCAGCCCGGGCCGGGCUCUGCCGCCGCCGUCUCCUCCUCGGACUUCCUGCCGGGCCCCUACGAGGCGGGCCUAGGCUCCCCGGCGCCCCCGCCGCGGCUCUUCCACCCGUGGAGCGGCCGCGAGAUGCCGGCCCACUCCCCGGGCGGCCUGGGCCUGGCGCCGCCCCCACAGCCGCAGCCGGGUUUCGCGGGGGGCGGGCACGAACUCCCGCUGACACCGCCUGCCGACCCCUCGUACCCCUACGAGUUCUCCCCGGUGAAGAUGCUGCCCCCGCCUCCGCCGGCCUAUGCUCCCUAUGCCGCCCAGGCCGCGUUGCCUCCGGGCUACUCGGGUUUGCUGCCCCCGCCGCCCCCGCCGGCGCCUGAGGAACUGCCCUGGUGGAGCGUCGUCCCGCAAGCCGCGGCAGGGCCCGGCGCAUGCGCACACAGCUUCGCGAGCCUGCCGCGCGGCGGGCUGGUUUUGGCGCCUUCGGAGCUGGCCCAGUACCAAGCGCAGCUGGCGGCGCUGCUCCGGCCCAAGGCCCCCCUGCCGUCCGCCGCGCGCAGGUGCCGCCGCUGUCGCUGUCCCAAUUGCCAAGCCGCCGCCUCCUCCUCCUCCUCCGCCGCCUCCUCCGCGGAGCCCCCGGGGGGCAAGAAGCGGCAGCACGUGUGCCACGUCCCGGGCUGCGGGAAGGUCUACGGCAAGACGUCGCACCUGAAGGCGCACCUGCGCUGGCACACGGGCGAGCGGCCCUUCGUGUGCAACUGGCUCUUCUGCGGGAAGAGCUUCACGCGCUCCGACGAGCUCCAGCGGCACCUGCGGACUCACACGGGUGAGAAGCGCUUCGGGUGCGCCGAGUGCGGGAAGCGCUUCAUGCGCAGCGACCACUUGGCCAAGCACGUCAAGACGCACCAGAACAAGCGCCUCAAGGCCGGCGGCGGCGGCGGGCACCACCACGCAUGCGCCGUCAAGAGGGAGGCCGAGGCGCCCAGGGAGGCGUGAAGCGCACGAAGGCGGCCUGGCGAGGACUUCCCGAGGCUUCCCUCUCUUCAGCUCCUCCUUGAGGGGACUUCAAAGCCGCUGGGCCAGGCACAAUGGCGGGCCAUGUCUGAGGGGUAGGAAUCCAAUAAGGCCCUCUUCGAGGACACUUUCCUUUAACUGUUACUGGAUUUGGAUCCUCCACCGAGGAGGCCUCAGAGUGCAAAAUGGAACCUCGUGGCUUUGAAGGGAAGUGGAGGGCUGGAACUUCCCUCUAGUCUGCUCAGUUAACUUCCACCUUUCAUUGGAUUUCUUGCUUUUGUUUUGUUCAGGGAUAUUUUUUUUCUCUGGAGUAAAUGUUUUCUGGAAUCAAUUCAUUUUUUUUUUUGGUGUCACAGCAACAUGAGUCACUUCUGGUGUGAGAGAAUUGGCCGUCUACAGGGACGUUGCCCAGGGGACGCCCGGAUGUUUUUACCAUCCAUAUCUGACUACAGUGUUCCCUCGCUACUUCACAGUUUGCUUAUUGCGGAUUAGCUGUUUCAUGGAUUUUCAUACGGCCCGCCCUCCCUCGCAGGCACAAAAGGACCCAGGCUGAGGUAGCCUGGCCUGUCCUGUCCUCCUCAGCCACCGGCAGGCAGCGCCAGUAGGUCCCGCCUGCACCCCAUCACCUCAGCAAACAAGAAGGAAUACAGUACAGUUCAUUAAAAGAGGGAGGGAGGAACACUAUAUUUAUUAAAAUAGUGUCCCUGCUUUGCAGAUUUUCACUUAUUGAGGGAGAUCCUGGAACGUAACCCCUGUGAUAAGUGAGGGAACACUGUACACCUAUCCAUAGAAAAGAAGUGGCCACCCCUUGUUUAAUGUGUUAUUGGAGGCUUUCAUAGCUGGAGCCACUGGGUUGCUGUGAGUUUAACACCUCCUAACAAAGGAUCCCCCAGGCAAGAAGCAGUCAGGCCUUGAAGCCGCCAGGCUAUUCAAUGCUAAUCAACCUGGCCAUCUGCAACAUUCAUACUUGCCUCAGGCAGACAAGAGUUAUUUCUUCCACCCUGGACAUUCCACAGAUAUAUAAACCCCCCUUGCCUAGUUUCCAACAUACUCACAACCUCUGAAGAUGCCUGCCAUAGAUGUGGGCAAAAUGUCAGGAGAGAAUGCUUCUGGAACAUGGCCAUAUAGCCUGGAAAACUCAGCAACCCUCCCUUAUUUGUUUUUCAGCCAUUUCUUGGACUGAAGAUGUUGCUUUCUGUCCUCUUUGGAAACACCUGGUCAAACUCAACUGGAUUACAAUUUUUUUUUAAAUGGAAACAACAGCAGUGACAGCAUUUGCCCUUCAUGGGUCUGGUUUAUUAUCCUUUUUAAUUGUCUUUAAGGGGAAAGAUCAGGGUGGUAUUUUGUGUGUGUACAGCUUAUUUAAUAGCUUUGUUUGAAUAAAAAUGUUUCCCGCACCCCGUCCUUUGGCUUCAUAUCGGGGCUUCAGCAUGAGAUGUGUUUCUGUAAAGCUGCCUGCACUGCAACUGCAGUGUGAAAAUAAAUGCAAUGACACUGGGGUCAUCCUGAGAAGA